UAUGUAGUAAAUAAAUAGUACUUUAUUCAUUUAUUGUGAGUUGACAGUUUAUGUCAUAUGUGACAUACAACAUGCAAAACUUUUAAACUUUUUAAGAUCUUAUGAAAAAGGAUUUUAACAUUUUUAAUAAUACGAUUUAUUACUGAAAGACAAAAUUAGGGAAAGAAAAUUAUAUUUUUAUGAGAGGAUGUACACGAUAUUUUAUAAUUACUUAAUUUUUCUUGAUCAUGUUGCUACAAAUAUUUAAAAUGAAACUUGGCAUUCCAUUCCUUCAACUAUUUCUAAGUAGUAUAAUGUUCACUACUGUGACACCAUGUAUACAAGGAGAACAUCAGUUUACCGAAAAUAAAACAUAUAGAGAACUUAGUUAUCGUUUAUCAAAAGAUGUCGUGCCACGACUCUAUAAUAUCAGCAUAAUAUUUUUUCCAACGAUGACCCAUUUUGAUGCCAAAUGCAAAAUUGAUAUUGAAAUUCUCAAAACAAUAUCAAAUAUAAGUUUACACAGUCACGACACUAUCAAACUUGAAAAAGAAGAAAUAAAAUUGAUUAUGCAGAAUAAAGUAUAUGAACUCAGUGAACCUCCAUACUACAGACGUGAUGAGAACAUUGUAGACCUCUAUUUUGACCAGGUACCUCCUGGAAAUUAUACCUUGUCCAUAGUAUACGUUAAAAAUAUUCGUGAAUCAGACAUGGAGGAUGAAGGUUAUUUUAAAACUAUAUUCCUGCCUGAAACGGAUAAUCAACAGAAGUUAUUGUUGGUAACAACUAUUCAAACUAUUGAAGCUCGAAAAUGGUUUCCAUGUUGGGGCGAGCCGGAAUUUAAAGCAACAUUUGUAAUUAGUUUCAAUCAUGAGAUAAAAUAUUACAUAUGGCCAACCAUGCAAAGUGAAAGAUAUACACUCGAUGAGUAUAAACAAGACUGGAUGUGGAUAAGUUUUGUUAUUUCAUACCCAAUAUCUACAUACCAUGUAAUGUUUAUACUAACUGAUUUAGAUCUUAAAUCUCACAAGGAAUAUAUAUCACAUCCCUCAAUCGAACGUUAUAAAGUAGAUGUAUUCCGUUCGAUGUGGAGUAGACUUAGCGUGGCAAAUUUUACGCAAUUUUCAGAGGUCGUGAUUGAUAAAAUCCUACAAUCUGAGUGGUACCACAAAAUUCAUGUAUCAAUCACGAGUAUAGAUCAACUUGCAAUUCCGACCAUGCAAGAGGAUGUCUUCGGAAAAUGGAGGCUCAUUGUUUAUAAGUAUAGCAUACUAUUCUUUAUAUAGUGAUAACAAAAUUAUUUUUUGCUAGUAGUAGUUUAUCAACGUAAAAUUUAAUCACAUUUCUAU